AACAUCCGUCUGCAGCGGUCAUUGUAUUUGAGGGCAAGUGAACGGUGAGGCCAGAGAAGCCAGACAGGCGCCAUGUUUGAUGUGACCAAGGGAUGGCGCCCUUAAGAGUACCCAGUGACGACUGAAGCCAGGAUGUCGCCAUAUUUUCUGAAAACACCUUCCGGGUCCCUUAACCCGGGUGUCUAUGUCCAAGCUUCCAUGAAGUGAAUAAACACCGAGGGGUUUUGUUUGUUCCCAUCGGAAUCCCCGAAUCCCUAGCAGCCAGUCCCUGCUGCUCAGGUUCCCUCGACUGCCGUUGCGACGCCAAGGCUGGGCGGGGCCCCGGCCUUCAGAGCCCUUCCUGUGGACGACGAAAGCUGGGGCCGGGCGUGGGGAGGCGGUGGUCCCGGGAACGAGGAGGCACUGCUCGGGGCUGGGAGGCGGCAUGGCGCCGCCCCCAGCCCCACUUAUGGCGCUGAGACCUGGGGUGACCGAACCUGAUUGCAAGAAGCCCGGGGCCGUGAGCUUCGCGGACGUUGCCGUGUACUUCUCUCUGGAGGAGUGGGGGUGUCUGCGGCCCGCGCAGAAGGCCCUGUAUCGGGACGUAAUGCAGGAGACCUACGGCCAUCUGGGCACGCUCGGAUUCCCAGGCCCCAAACCAGACCUCAUCUCUUGGAUGGAACAGGAGAGUGAGGCUUGGAGCCCUGCUGCCCAGGAUCCUGAGGAGGGGGAAAGUCUGGGAGGAGCUCUCAGAGGAAAUGCCUCAAACAAGAAGGAAGAGGAACCCCAGCAAGGGCCAGGACUCAAGGGACCCAGAAAGACUCCUGGAAAGGAGCAUCCUGAAGAGCUGGUUAAAUACAACCCUAACUCGGCCAUCAGCAAGGCCUCAGCAAGAGCACAGCUACCCACAAAAGCUGCCUGGAACCAGAGCACAGGUGCGCAGCCCCUGGCUCUGGUGCCCAGCGCAGACGCUCAGGCCAGCCAGCGGCGCCACGUGUGUGUAGACUGUGGGCGCCGCUUCACCUACCCCUCACUGCUGGUCAGCCACCGGCGCAUGCACUCGGGGGAGCGGCCCUUCCCCUGCCCUGAGUGUGGCAUGCGCUUCAAGAGGAAGUUCGCUGUGGAAGCACACCAGUGGAUCCACCGCUCCUGCUCUGGGGGGCGGCGGGGCCGGAGGCCUGGGAUCCGGGCAGUGCCUCGGGCACCAGUCCGGGGUGACCGGGACCCGCCUGUGCUGUUCCGGCACUACCCAGACAUCUUUGAGGAGUGUGGGUGAGUGGCUCCUGAAGGCUGGGGUUGAGCCUGACCUUGUUGCUAGGGACUGCCUGGACCCUGAGGGAGGCUUCUGAGUCAGGGACCUGGGAACUGAAAUUCUUCCCUUGGUCUUCCCUCAGGGAUCCCUCAAGUUUCCAAACUUGUAAAAAGAAAAGUGCCUGUAAAGAUUCAAGUAGAUUAAACUUGACACCCCUUACCCCAGUCUUUCUUAAAAAAUGAAGAGAUGUUGGACUUUUCUCAAAGUGUUGUCUCACUAGCAGGUGCAAGGAAGACCUGUCCAUUGUCUCAAAAAACAUCCCCUUACUGCUUAUCUACAUCAGAGGCAAAUGCUGAAAGAUUACAGCUUAGGGAGGGAAGGGACCCCAGAUGGAGGGCAUGGUCAAGACUUGGCUAACUGAGGGCAGCAGGGAGCCCAGGAAGUGAAGUGGGUGGAAAGUACAGAAGGAGCUGUACAGAUCUAGUCUCCACAAAUUGUCCCAAGACACAGCUGGUGAGUCACACACCCUCCCUGAGCCUCAGCUCCCUCAUCUGUGAAAUGAGGAUUAGUAAUUGCUACCUCAGAGGGUUACUGUGAAGACUAAAAUUUUAACAAGAUAAUAUGUAUGACAUAGUAAAUGUGCAAUAAACAUCUGUUGGAAGAGUGAA